UUUAAAGACAUGGGGUUCUCUGUUUCUUAUAUAAACUGUCUGAUAGAGUAAAAUAGGCUACAAUUUAGAAGGCAUGGAGAACAUGUCUAAUGGGCUAAGCCACCUCUUCAUGACAGUAUUUCUCCAUUGUUUCUCAGCAUUCAUGGUGAUUCCUGCAAUAACUGAUAUCACUAUGUCUGCCCUUUGUCCUGGCAAAGAUGAAUGCUCCAUUGCUAUUUAUCUCACUGGAAUUCAACAGGCAAUAAUAGGAUUGGGAUCAUUGAUUAUAAUGCCUGUGUUGGGGAAUUUAUCAGAUACUUAUGGAAGAAAAGUUAUGUUGAUGGUCCCUUUGACCCUUUCUAUAUUUCCUCUAGUAAUAUUGGCAUACAGCAGGACAAAAUAUUUCUUCUAUGCUUAUUACAUCCUACGAACUCUUGUUGCUAUGGUUUGCGAAGGAAAUGUUCACUGUCUCGCACUUGCCUAUGUGGCUGAUGUUGUGCCAGAAAGUCGUCGCGCUUCUGUCUUUGGAGUGUUAUCAGGCAUUGCUUCUUCUGCUUUUGUUUGUGGAAAUCUCUCUACUCGUUUUCUCUCUACUGCUUCGACUUUUCAAGUUGCUGCAGCAGUAGCAGUGAUAGCUCUUGUAUACACAAGAAUGUUUCUCCCAGAGCCUUUGAUAAAAGAACAAAUUUCUACUAAAGGAACAGACACAAUUUGUCUUCUGGAAAAAGCUCCAAAUAAAAAAUUCCAAUUAUUCAAGACAUCGCCUUCUUUCAAUGAUGUGCUACGUUUGUUAAGUAAUAGCUCCACAUUUUUACAUGCAGCUAUUGUUUCUUUCUUUGUCAAUGUUGCACAAGUUGGCCUUGAGUCUUCUCUUCUUUACUUCUUGAAGGCUCAGUUUCAUUUCAACAAAGAUCAAUUUGCUGAUUUGUUGAUAAUUUCUGGAAUUGCAGGAUCUAUAUCACAGCUUCUUCUAAUGCCCAUAUUAGUUCCUGCUCUUGGAGAGGAGAAGUUGCUUUCUGUUGGACUCUUUUUCAAUUGUGUGCAUAUGUUACUUUAUAGCAUUGCUUGGUCCUCGUGGGUCCCUUAUGCUAGUGCUUUGAUCUCUGUUAUGUCUAUUUUCGCAAUGCCAUGUCUGAAGAGCAUGGCAUCCAAGCAAGUUGGGCCAAAUGAACAGGGAAAGGUUCAAGGAUGCAUCACAGGCAUAUGCUCCUUCGCGAGCAUGGUUUCUCCAUUAAUUUUCAGUCCUUUAACAGCUUUAUUUCUAUCAGAACAUGCACCUUUCCAUUUCCCUGGAUUCGGUCUAGCCUGUGCUGCCUUUGCUUUAAUGGUAGCCUUCAUUGAGAGCUUCAUGAUAAAUUCAGCUAUUCCUGUAACCGAUUGCAGCCUAAACAAUUCAGAAUCAGCAGAACCUUAGUCUUGCAAUCGGAGCAAAAUGACUCUAAACAAUAAGGCCAUUUCUUAUAGUUCGAUGAUCUAUUCAACUUAAUCAACAAUGUACAUUAUUGCACACAGAAUUCAGCCUGAAAUUCGAUAUGAAGUUUAUUAUGUUGUCGAUAUCAGCAAGAUUAAUUGGCUCCUGACAUACGGAAAAAAACUACGAUUACAGCUGCCUCAAAGAAAAUAUAUUUAGAUUUAUUUGUAAUGUUUACUAUAGAGAAGUGCAGUUUAUCAAUAGUGUUUUUUCCAUCUAAGAUGCUCCACAUUAAUUGUUCAGAGGAAGUUAAAAUAUGUAGAUAUGUAUGAGUAUGACAAUGAAUGUGUAUUAGGAAGUGUUUAUUUUUUCUC